GGUGGACAACUUAAGUUUUUGACGAUGCGCGGAAGAGCGGUGGAGGUCAUAGAUCGCUUGAUCGCGUUCCUCGAUCAGCAUCUGAGCCUCAGCGGUGGCCACAUGGUCGACUACUUCACGGAAUCUCUGUACGCGAAUCGCGUUUCACCGCAAAUACGAAACGAGAUCAAGUGUGCAGGUUUCGAGGUAGUGAUCGAAGAUAUAUUGAAUUGUCGGGAAACUGCCGGAGCGACGCGUCUGAACGAUUACGUGCGGACGGCCAAGAGUUUAUCGCUGUACAACGCGUCGUCGGUUUGCAUGAAUCUGGCGGAUUUCCGCGAGAAGCUUGUGUCUAUGAGUGGCGAAGAGAUCUCCGGGUUGAAGUUGGAGGUGUUCAUGAAGGAGAAGAAGUCGCACGAGGUGGAGACGUUGAGCGCGAUCGCAGCGUCGGUGAGGAAAAUCGCGAAGACGUCGCAUCUCGUCGAUAUAGGCGAUGGUAAAGGAUAUUUGAGCAGUUUGAUCGCUUUCCAACACGGUGUACCGAUAUUAGGAGUGGACGCGAGUUUGACGAACACGACGAGCGCUAUUAGAAGAGCGGAAAAGUUGGGUAAACAUUGGCACACCAUCGCGAAGACGCCGAAAGGUGCUGUAAGAAUUGGCGAACUUUACAAGCAAGUCACCCAGUACGUGACGGAGCGAACGGAUUUCGACGCACUCGUCCACGACGUGUUUCUGCAGAGGACGAGAGGAUUAGGCGUGAUCGGUUUGCACACGUGCGGCGAUCUCGGACCCACGUCCUUGAGAAUAUUCAAAACGAACGAUAACGUCAAAUCAAUCUGCAACGUGAGCUGCUGCUACCAUCUGUUGAACGAGAAUUACAUCGCCAGCGGCAUGCAGAAUUUGGGUCAACAGCAGCAGCAAGGAUUUCCGAUGAGCCAAUAUCUGAAGAACAAGAAGUACAGUCUUGGCAGAGCCACGAGGAUGUUGGCCGCGCAGUCCAUAGAUAGGAUACUGGCGCAUCAGGAUCUGCCGAGCAAGACCAUCUUCUAUAGAGCCCUUCUGCAGCUCGUGCUCUCGAAACACUGCGACCCGAUGCCCGAAUCGCACGUCGGCAAGUUCCGGAAGGAGCCGAAGGAUUUCACCGAGUACGCGAGGGAGGCGAUGAGGAGACUCCAGGUGUCUUCAGAUGCAAUCACCGAUGAAGACUUGGAAAGUUUUUACAAAAGAAACGAAGAAUCCAGGACGGCGUUGAACGUUUACCAUUUGUUACGCAGCAUGCUCGCUCCGGCUGUGGAAUCGUUGAUACUGCUCGAUAGGUAUUUGUUUCUGCUGGAGGAAGGAAUCGAGGACGCUUUUCUGGUGCAACUUUUCGAUCCGGUCAUUUCGCCGAGAUGCUACGGCCUCAUCGCAUUCAAAAAGUGAACA